AGACGGGCCUCCUCGGGCUGAAACAGAGACCAUCAUUCCUGAUUGAAUAAAGCGUUUUUCGUCCUGGAGUUAUCCAUUUCAAAAAUCUCGCGGUGAUACUUGAAGCUUACGCACUUUUUAGCUCAAGCGCAUGGAUACCUGCCAGUGGAAAUCCAGGUAAAGAUGAUUAUAAAGAGUCUUUUCAGGAGAUAUGAGAGGUGGAAUCCAGUUCAUCCAACAUAUGGAACCUUUUGGGGCAUCGGAGCAGGGAUUGGUUGCGGCAUAGGAUGGGGCCCCGGCUUUGGCCCUGAGGUAAUUGGCUAUGUUGGAGCCGGCUGUGGUGCUGGAUUUCAUGUUGGGAUCACUUUGCUUGGUGUCGGCAUUGGCCUUCCAGCCAAUUACCUUCCUACACUAAGUCAUAGUGAUGUUUUAGCUUUUAUGGUCACAAGAAGAGGUGCAAUAGAUGAUGCACAAGCUGGAAGUGUACUUGAAAGCAGAAGUAGUGCAGGAAACUGCUGGGGUGACACUGGAUCUCACAUAUCUGAUAUGAAACAAAGAGAGUUUGUAUCAUUUCCGGGCUUCAAGCUUGAUGGUCUAACACAGAUAAGAGAUUUUCCUGACGUCAAAAACAUGAUGGUUUCCCAUGCUAAACAUAUUUCCGGUUGUUUAGAAAGUGUCAGUCGUCGCUUCUUCCCUUAGGAUAGAGGUAUGCCAGGAUAAUUUAUUAUUUGCAUGCUACCAUUUUCUCCCCUUAGAGAAUUGUAUUAAAUGGCAUUUUCCAUCCCCAUCAUCGUCGUCUUUUUUUAUAUUUGCCCUACUGUUGAUAGUGGAAUAUAGUUAAGCUAGCUUAGACCUCACAAACACUGAAUUAUGUAAUUGUUUAGAUACUCUGCAUAGAUGAUGCUUGUUAUCUUUCAAAAAGUUUCUCUUCUUCAUGUCA